AAAAUUGUCAGUAGUUGCCAAAUUAAUUAUAUAACUGCUGCUGUUAUUUCUUUGGUACUAAUAAUUUUCUUUGUUGGCAGUUUAAUUUUAAAGUGAAACUUAUGGUGAAUUAUGAUCUUUUGUUCCUGUUUAUAUGAAUCAGCUACAGUUGAUAAGAAGAUCUAGGCCAAUGCAAUUAUCCUUAAUUUUACCUGUCCAUGGAAUAAGUAAAAUAAGACAUCCAUUGUAUAAAUUGUCUUCAGUUUACUUGAAGUGUUUUAAAAGUACAAAAUGCAACAAUUUAUGUUUGCAGAUGUGUGCAGGAUUUCAUUCCUCAUCUAUAGAAUGUUCGGCAUUGAGAAGGUUAAAAGAAAGCAUGUCUCGUAUAUAUUCUAAGAACACGAAAGCAAAAGUGGGUGGUGUCAUUGCAUAUGAAAAAUGUGCAGAUGGUAUUGAUGUGGAGGCAUUUUUUAAACACUUCAAAUUACCUGAUACAUUUCAGUCAUGGUUCCAUAUUAUUAAUCUUCAUGUCUGGAUGUGUAUAGCUGUUACAAUUUCAGAAAAACAUGGCAGAGUAUUUCGUAAUAGUUUGGUAGAUUCGAUGUGGAGUGAUGUGGAGCUGCGCAUGGAUAAAUUAGUGGAGAUGCCGAGUUCAGAUAAAAAGAAGAACCUAAAAGAAUUUACAGCGCAAUUUAAUGCUGCUUUAAUUGGUUAUGAUGAGGGCUUGUUGGGAGAUGACACAGUACUCGCAGCAUCUGCUUGGAGGAUAUUAUUUGAUCGUCAUUGCAUAGACCCAAGACUGCUAGAAAAUGUAGUGCUGUAUAUUAGGCGACAGAUAUGCCACUUAGACUCACUAAAUACUGAAGAGUUUAUUAUACGUGGAAUGGUAUCAUUUAUGCCUUUUCAAGAUGCAAUUCAUGACAUUAUGUCGGACAGAAAUGUAUAACUUAUAUGUAAGAUAAUAAAUUUUUAAAAUGAG